CUUACUCCACCCCCUUCCCCGGCCCGACCCCCAUCCUCUCUCAGUGUGUGCGCGCUUUAAAUAAUUUCAUCCUUUUUGGCAAAAGAAAUAAUGCACCUGACUUUACCAGGGGGAAACAAGCAGCCGAGCAGAACAAGGAACAGAUGUAAAAGGAAUAAAAGGAGAGAGGGAAAGAGAUGAGACUCGUUUAAAGAAAUCCAGGGGCUGAAGAGGUGGCUGCAGCGGCAGAGGCGGCUCGAGCUUCCCUCCCUGUCUGCGCGAGCUUCAGGCGGAGGACGUUUUCGCCAGUUGCAGAUGUAACCUGGGGAACUCCUGGGUCUGUUGGUUUGUUUGUCAAACAAAGUCUUUUCUUCUUUGGCUCAGACACCGAAGAGGCUCCUGGAUUUUUCUCCCAUCCCGCCACUAGCUGGCAGUUACCCGGGAGCCUUCCCAAGGAGCUGGCGGAGAAAUGAGCCCUUCUGGGCGGAGGAUGGGCGAAGGGCGUCAGCAGCCUGUGGCUCCCGCCGGGAAGCGCCUACUGUUUCUCGGGAGCAGAGGGUCACCCUGCGGGCGGCCGGGCGGCGGCGGCGCCGCCGGGGCGCAACGCUUCCUGCUGGGGCUCUUCUUGCACGUGUGGCUGUGGGGGGCCUCGGGCUCCUCUGCUCAGGUGUUUAACCUCAGCCUUUCCGUGGACGAGGGGCUUCCUCCAGACACUCUAGUCGGCGACAUCCGCGCCGGGCUGCCGGCCACGCAGCAGCAGCAGCAGGAGGGAGGCGGCUUCUUUCUGUCAGAGGAUUCAGAUGACUCCCCGCUGCUGGACGACUUCCACGUGCAUCCGGACACCGGCAUCAUCCGCACAGCUCGGUGCCUGGACCGCGAGCAGCGGGACUACUACAGCUUCGUGGCGGCCACGCUGCUGGGCGCUGUGGUGCAGGUGGAGAUUCGCGUCAAUGACGUGAACGACCACUCGCCCCGCUUUCCCCGUGACUCCCUGCAGCUCGACGUCUCCGAGCUCAGCCCGCCAGGUACCGCCUUCCGCCUGCCUGGCGCCCAAGACCCCGACGCCGGGCUGUUCAGCACCCAGGGCUACACCUUGGUGCAACCGUCCGACCUUACCGAGGACCCCGCAGGACCGUUCUUCCAGUUGCGAUACGGGACACCGGGGUCCCCACCGUCGCCUCCGUCCUCGUCGCCCCUGGAGCCCCUAGACCUGGUGCUGCUGCGGCGCUUGGACCGGGAAGCGGCGGCAGCGCACGAGCUACAGAUCGAGGCCUGGGACGGUGGUCGCCCGCGGCGCACGGGCCACCUGCGGGUGGAGCUGCGCGUCCUGGAUGAGAACGACAACCCGCCCGUCUUCGAGCAGAGCGAGUACCGUGCCGCGGUGCGCGAGGACGCGCCACCAGGCGCCGAGGUCUGCCGGGUGCGCGCCACCGACCGUGACCUGGGGCCCAACGGCCACGUGCGCUACAGCAUCCGCUCUCGGCAGGCCCCUGGCGCGGGUGGCGGCGGCGGGCCUCUGGGCGACGCGGCGCACUUCUCGGUGGGGGAGCUGAGCGGCGUGGUGCGGGUGCAGAGGCCUCUGGACCGCGAGACGCAGGCCUGGCACCAGCUGGUGGUCGAAGCCUGCGACGGAGGGGCAGAGCCUGAGGUCGCCACCGUGCGCGUGUCUAUAGCCGUGCUGGACGUGAAUGACAACCGGCCCGCUAUUCAUUUGCUCUUCCUCACGGAGGGAGGCGCCGCGCGCGUCUCUGAGGGCUCUCGAGCCGGCGACUACGUGGCUCGGGUCUCUGUGUCCGACGCAGAUGGCGACCCAGAGAAGGAAGAGGAGGCAGCCGGGGAACUUGGUGGAGGCCUUGGAGGUGGGAGCAUCUCGCUGGCCUUGGAGGGUGGUGAGGGAGCCUUUGCGCUGCGGCCCGGCGGCGCCCCAGGAGUAUUUUUCCUUUGCGUCGAGGGUCCCCUAGACAGGGAGAGCCAAGACCUGUAUGAUUUGCGACUGGUGGCCACGGAUGCAGGAACCCCGCCUCUGAGCAUGGAGGAGACGCUGCUGCUCCGCGUCGCUGACCUCAAUGACCAGCCGCCUGUCUUCAGUCAGGAGCAUUACCAGGCCUCAGUGUCUGAGGCUGCGGCCCCUGGCACUGCAGUCGUGCGGGUCAGCGCCUCCGAUGCGGAUGAGCCUGGCACGGACCACGCCCAGGUGCGCUACACGUUGCUCCCUCUCCCGGCCCCCUGCAGCCCAGAGGCUCUGAAGCCCCCCGCAGAGUGUGGACCUUCCUUCACCAUCCAUCUGGAAAGUGGUGUGAUCAGCACCACCCGGAGUCUGGACCGAGAGAUUCAGGAGGUGGUAGAGCUGAGAGUGGUGGCCCAAGACCUAGGAGAGCCCCCGCUCUCUGCCACCUGCUUGGUGAGCAUCAGCGUGGAGGACGUGAAUGACAACGAGCCCAUCUUCCUGAAGCAGGUGUACAAUGCCAGCCUUCCGGAGCAUACGCGGGUGGGACACUGCUUUCUGCAGGUGAAAGCUUCCGAUGCAGACGCCGGACUCUAUGGCUUUGUUGAGUAUUCUCUUUAUGCCGGAUUUCAAAGCUAUGAUGUGCCUCAAGCAUUCCAGAUUGACCCACAUGAUGGGCGAAUCUGUGUUUCUCAAGAUAUCGACAGGGAAAGGGAUCCAGACACCUAUGAUCUCUUGGUGAAAGCUAAGGAUGGGGGAGGACUCAGCGCCCAGGCUUUUGUGCGGGUGGAACUGGAGGACGUGAAUGAUAAUGAACCUGUGUUUAACCCGUCCGUCUAUGUGACCAGCAUUAGUGGCCACAGCCAGCCAGGCACCGAGAUCGUCAGUGUUGUCGCCACGGACAGAGAUUCUGGGGUGUAUGGAACAGUGGCCUAUGAGCUCGUCCAAGGAGACGUGUCCUCGCUUUUCACCAUUGACUCCACCACAGGGGUUAUUUACUUAACAUCAACUCUUAGUCAUUUGGAAUCCGCAACACUUUUGCUGAUGGUCUGUGCUCGAGAUGGUGGCGGGCUUACCUCUGUCACUAAUGCUGAAGUCACCAUACAUCUUCUUCAGACAACUCUGGCACCUGCUGAGUUUGAAAGGCCCAGGUACGCUUUCUCCGUUUAUGAAGAUGUGCCUGAAGACAGUCCUGUGGGAACAGUGAAAGCAAAGGAGCCCUCGAAUGCCUCAGAGCCCAUUUUUUACAGGAUCGCCUCUGGCGAUCUGGAUGGAAAGUUCUCCAUUCACCCGUGGCUGGGCACCAUUCGAACCCAAAAGCCUCUGGAUCACGAAAUGCAGCCCGUGGUUGUGCUCAUGGUCCAGGCGCAGCUCGGCAGCUCCUCAACCUGCGGCAGCACAGAGGUUACCAUCACUGUCAUCGAUGUCAAUGACAAUGACCCGGUGUUUCCCAAAGCCUCUGAUGAGGUUACGGUGCCCCCGACCAUACAGCCUGGCACAGCCUUGUACUGCGCCCGGGCGGUCGACCAGGACAGCGGGCCCAACGGCUUCAUCCGCUAUGCCAUCGCCAGCCAGAACCCGAGCAUCUUUUCCAUUGACUCAGGCCAGGGUGUGGUGUACCUUAACGCAAGCCUGGGGGGCGCUGGGGUGCGGAGGUGCACCCUGACCCUCGUGGCCCGGGAUCUUGGCGUUCCUCCUCGGGCAGCUCUGUUCUCACUCACGAUCAUCAUCGAGGAACCAGCGCAAAGCCCGUCCUUGACUUUCGAGCAUCUGGUCUACCAAGCGGAAGCUAGUGAGGCUCUCUCUCUGAUGACCCCCAUCCUGAGGAUCCAGGCCUCCCCACUUGGCCCGCGGCGCACCUUCCCACAGAUCCUGUACUCGCUGGAGCCCAGCACUCACUCGGGGGCAUUUGGCGUCCACCCUUUCACGGGUUGGAUUUAUUUGUGGCGACCGCUGGACUAUGAAUCCGUACAAACCUAUCAUCUUAGAGUGUUUGCCUGGGUCCCAGAGGACAGAUUGUCUCACAAUGUAAGCACUUCAGUCAUUGUUCACAUCCUGGAUGAGAAUGACAACUCCCCUACCUUCUUGCAUGAAGUCAUGUUUUUGAAAGUGGAGGAGAGUCCUGUUCCCCAAGGGGUAAUUGGCAAAAUUACAGCAAUUGACAGAGACUCAAGCCAGAAUGGACAGCUGUCAUAUUUCCUUUUGUCUGAUGGAAAAUUCUUCAAGAUGAAUCCUAAUACAGGAGAACUUCUCAGUUGGGUGGCACUGGAUCAGGAGCAGCAGGUGCAUCACCAGCUGACCGUCCUAGUGACCGACCACGGUUUCCCUCCUCGGAACGCCACCGCCUUGGUGUAUGUCUCAGUGACCGACAUCAAUGAUAACAAGCCCUAUUUCCCGCAGUGCCUCCCUGGGAAGGAAUUACACAUCAAGGUUCUGGAAGGUCAACCAGUGAAUAUGUUGGUUACAACAGUGUUUGCAAAGGAUCUUGAUGAAGGAAACAAUGCAGAAGUUAUAUAUUCAAUAUCUUCAGAAGAGAGUUGUGAUCACUUCAAGAUUGAUGCCAACAGCGGUGAAAUCAGAACAACUGCAGUGCUCUCACAUGAUUACAGACCUUCCUACAGAGUGACCGUAAUCGCCAGUGACCGCGGAGUGCCCUCUCUUCAAGGACGGGUGGUUAUUAAUAUUCAGGUGAUACCACUACCCAAAGGGAGAGCUCUCAUUUCUCAGAAUAUUCGACAUUUAGUUAUACCGGAAAACUUGAAGCCUGCAAAAAUAAUGAGCUUGAUAAAGUCACCUGACUACCUUCACCCGCAUCGCGAUGGAAAGUUACAUUUCAGUAUUGCUGCUGAUGACAGGGACGGUCAGUUUGAAAUCGACAGCUCCACAGGAGACUUGUUCCUUUCUAAGGAACUGGAUUAUGAAAUGACCUCUCAUUAUCUUUUCAGGGUGGUAACUAAAGACCAUAGCACAACUCCUCCCUUAAGUAGCAUGAUUUUCCUUAGCGUCGCCGUGGAAGAUCAGAACGACCACUCGCCGUCUUUCCGGGAGGAGUUCAUUGUCAUAAGCGUGGAAGAGGAUGCUCCUGUUGGGACUCUGGUCCACGUCUUCAAUGCCAAAGACGGCGAUGGCAGUUUUUUGAACAGUAGGGUUCAGUACUUCAUCGAAGCCCACCCUCCUGCCGUGAAUCCAUUCCUCAUCCACCCCUCUUUUGGCACUUUGGUCACCGCAUCCCCGCUCGACAGAGAGAGAGUGCCCACCGUCGUCCUGACGGUGACUGCGUCUGAUCAGGCUGUCAAUGUGACCGACCGGCGGCUGAGAUCGCUGGUGGCGAAGGUCGUGAUUUUGGAUGUCAAUGACCACAGCCCCACUUUCACGUCUUUCCCAGUCGCCCGUGUCAAAGAGGAUGCCACGGCGGGCUCCUUGGUGCAUCAUAUAACUGCUCAAGAUCCAGACGAGGGGAGGAAUGGAAAAGUCACUUUCCGGAUCCUCUCAGGAAAUGAAAACAUGGCCUUUAUGCUGGAUGAGACAUCGGGCUUGCUAACCACAACUCAUCCUUUGGAUUAUGAGAUAAAAACUCAGCACGUUCUGACCCUCCUGGCACUGGAUGAUGGCACGCCAACACUUUCUUCAUCCCAAACAUUGACAAUUACUGUUCUGGAUGUAAAUGAUGAGGCCCCAGUAUUUAAGCAGCAUCUGUAUGAAGCUUCAGUUAAAGAAAAUGAAAAUCCAGGGGAAUUUGUCACAAGGGUUGAAGCUGUGGACAGAGAUUCAGGAGUCAAUGCCAAGCUUCAGUAUGAAAUCAUGCCAGGUGCCGCAUUCGGGCUGUUCACGAUAAAUCCUGAUACUGGGGAGGUGGUGACUGCCACCACACUUGAUAGAGAAGUUCAGGAUGUUCUCACCUUUCGAGUACUCGUCCGAGAUGGCGGAGUCCCUGCAUUGUCCGCCACUGCCACGGUGCUCUGCUCUGUGCGAGAUGAAAACGACCACUCGCCAGAGAUGAUCAUCCCUGGUCAUGACAUUGAGGUUCUGGAAAACCAAGAGCCAGGGCUGAUCUACACUGUCUUGGCCUCCGAUUUGGAUGCUGGCGAUAACGGAGCUGUCUGGUAUCGCAUAGUGGAUGGAAAUACUGAUGGGUACUUUGCUAUUCAUGAAGCCUCAGGGGAACUCUCAGCCACUCGGGCUUUGGACCGGGAGCAAGUCAGCAACUUCACCUUAGUCAUCCUGUGCUCUGAUCUGGGGGAUCCACCCAGGAGCUCCGUGGCGCAGCUGCAAGUCAGAGUUCUGGAUGACAAUGACCACAGCCCUUCAUUUCCUAGGCUCCAUCACCAGUCCUCUGUGAGAGAGGAUGCUGAUGUGGGGACCGUGCUUCUUGUGCUCUCCGCUGCCGACCAGGAUGAAGGCUUGAAUGGGCAAACGGAGUAUUUUCUGAUGGAUGAGGCUUCUGGGGCAUUCACCAUUGAUCCCGUGGCGGGCACUUUGAGAACUAGCCUCCACCUUGACCGAGAAGCCAGAUCUGAGUAUACGUUUAGGGCUGUGGCCAGAGACUGUGGGGUCCAGAGCUCAAGAAGCAGCACGGUGAUCAUAAAAGUACAUGUCACGGAUGUUAAUGACAAUGAUCCAGUUUGGGAACAGAACCCCGUUGAUAUUUUUCUUUCCUCCCAAACACCUACAAACCAGACCAUCACCAUCCUGGGAGCCAGUGACCCAGACUUGGGACCCAAUGGAACUGUCAUUUUUAGCUUCGCAGAGCCCCAGUCAAUGUUUUCUAUGAAUGAGUACACAGGAGAAAUUCAGCUUCGGCAAAGUCCAUCUUCAGAAUUUUUCCCUAUCUGGGUGCCGGUGAAAGUUAUGGACCAGGGGGUGCCAGCAAGGACAACCCCUGGUCUCUUGGUCAUUCACAUGGAAGGAGAAGAUGUGAAGAUUUCCUUCAGCCAACAUCUGUAUAAAGGGAUGGUGACUGAAAACUGUGAGACAGGCACUUCUAUUGUGACAAUAAAAGCUUUUGCUCCAGAGUCAAUUCAGGACAGCAUUAAAUAUUCAAUUUUUAGUGGAAAUGAAGAUGGAGUUUUUUCCCUGGGCUCUAACUCAGGAGAACUCACUGUAAAAGAACCCAAGUUUCUUGAUUUUGAAGUAAGAAAUGAAGUGCAGCUCAUCGUUUUUGCUGAAAGUAGGGGACAGAGAGCCUACAGCAGAGUAGCUGUUUCCAUCCGAGAUGUGAACGAUAACUCACCACGCUUUGAGCAAAGUGUCUACUCAGUGACUGUGUCUGAGGGCCGGUUCUACAGUGACCACAUCGUGCAGGUUUUUGCCGUAGAUCUGGACAGCGGGUCGAACGGCCUUGUGGAGUAUUCCAUCGUCUCUGGCAACCAAGGACAAACCUUCCAGAUGGACACACUGAGCGGCGUGCUCACAGUAAAUGCAGUUCUGGAUCACGAGGGCACCAAUGCCUACAGCUUGAUUGUGCAAGCCACAGAUAAAGGGAUGCCCAGGUUUUCUGGUACAACUGUGAUCAAGAUACAGGUGACUGAUGUGAAUGACAACGCCCCGACCUUUCUACCCUCUGAAGCAGUGGAAAUGGCAGAAAAUUCUUUGCCUGGUGCAAUUGUGACUCGGAUAUCAGUUCACGAUGUGGACUCGAAUCCAGCUUUCAUCUUCAGUUUGGUCAAAGGCAGUCAUGCUGGAACCAAGUUUGCUAUUGAUCGGAACACUGGGGUAGUGGUGCUGGUGAAAACCUUGGAUUUUGAAGAGGCUGCUGAACAUGAGCUGCGUAUCCAAAUUUCAGAUUUGAUGCAUCACAUAGAGGGGACGCUUGUCGUCCAUGUGCUGGACGUCAAUGACAACCCACCAGUGUUUUCUCAAGAUUCCUACCAGGUCACCAUUUCUGAAUUGGUGCCUGUGGGGCACCCAGUGCUGACCGUGGUGGCCACAGAUGCGGAAAGUGAGAACAUUUCUUACAGGAUCCUUUCCUCUUCUACAUUUUCAAUUGAUGCUGCGAAUGGCACAAUAUCUACUAGCAGUCCUGUCUUACUGCUGGAUGGAAAAUCAACCGUUCGAUUUCUUGUCGAAGCCAGCGAUGAUGGGAUUCCGGAGCUGACAGCGGUGACCUUGGUGGAGAUAGAAAUACAGGAUGUGAACAACUACGCCCCCGAGUUUGCCCUAGGAUGUUACAAUGUGAGCGUGCGUGAGGACGCGCGGGUUGGCAGUACGCUGGCCACCUUUUCAACUGUGGACCGUGACUGGACCCGUGAAAACACACACGUGGAAUAUUCCAUCAUCAGUGGUAAUGCACAGAACGAUUUCCAGGUGGAAACUAGAUUCCUUCAUUCAGGCUAUUCUUACAAGCCCGUCGGUUAUCUGGUCUUGCUCCACAGUCUGGACAGAGAAGCAACUGCCCAUCACAGGCUUGUCCUUCUGGCGUCUGACCUUGGUCGCCCUCCGCUGAGUUCCUCCGCCACCGUCUCAAUAGAAGUCCUGGAUGUGGACGAUAACGCGCCCGCAUUCAGCCGUCUGGAGUAUCAGGCCCACGUGAAGGAAAGCACCCCUCCCGGCAGUCCCAUCACUGUGGUCUCCGCUGACGACUGCGAUGUGGCUUCGCAGGCGGAAGUCACCUACCACCUAGUCUCUGGAAAUGAGACAGGGCAUUUCCGCCUAGAAGGCAAAACUGGAGUUCUUUAUUUGAUGAAGCCUCUGGAUUAUGAAGACACCAUCAAAUUCACCUUAACCGUCCAGGCUGCAGAUGAAGCAAGGAAGCAUUUUUCUUUUGCAGUUGUGUUUGUCAACGUCUUAGAUGAUAAUGACCAUGCACCUCAGUUUCUGUUUCCAAACGUGAACUGUGCUGUGCCUGAAAAUCUGCCUCUUUUCUCCACCAUAUGUUCCGUGAGUGCUUUGGAUUUUGAUGCAGGUCCUUAUGGAGAAUUGACCUAUUCGAUUGUAUCGCCCUGUUCCGUCCCUGCGGAGGCUCCUCAGGAUCAUGACGCCUUCCUCAUUGACCCCUUAACAGGGGAGAUUCGUGCUAAGCAAGUCCUUGACUAUGAAAAUGACCAAAAAUACUGCCUCACAGUUCAGGCAAAAGACAAGGGUGACGCCACAGCCUCCUUGACGGUUUGGGUAGAUAUCGAAGGGGUAGAUGAGUUUGAACCCAUUUUCACUCAGGACCAAUAUUUUUUCAACCUCCCAGAGAAGACGAAUGCAAGGCAGUUGAUCGGCAGAGUGGAAGCCUUUGAUGAAGAUGCUGGUAUUGAUGGAGUUAUUCUUUACUCCCUUGAAACGCCAUCUCCGUUCUUUUCAGUAAAUACAACCAAUGGCAAUAUUUAUUUGAGUAGAGCCCUUCCCUUAAUGAAAAAUCAAGUCAGCAACGAAGACACCAUUGAAAUGAAAAUCAUUGCUCAGAGCCCCAAACCAGAUUCCAAGUUUUCAUCUUGUACCGUUUUUGUGAAUGUGUCCUUUUCCUCAACAGGAAUGCGCUCAGCGGUGUCAGCUAGCAGCUUUUCGAUCAGUCUCACUGUCUCCUUUUUAGUGUUUCUGUUUCUCAUCGUCAUUCUAAUAGUUCUGAUUUUAAGAUGGAAACAAAAAGGUGCAACAAGCAAUUAUGAAGAAAAGAAAACCUCAUCAUCCUUAGAUGUCAAUUUGAGACUGAGCAGGAACACCAGCGAGGUCAAGCCCUUCCAGAAAACGAAUGAGUGCACCAAUGAGCUGGUGCCUGUGGACUCCGUGCCUGAGUGGUUGAGUUUAAUCAGAGUCGUGGAAAAGGACAUUGCAGAUCCCUACAGAUGCUCGAACUCGAGCAGCCGCUGUUCUGUGGAAGGAGAAACUGCAGAAGAUAAGGAAAUCCAGAGGAUAAAUGAGCACCGGUACAGAAAGGACUCUGACUCAUCUCUGAGUGACCGGGAAUCCAGGGUGCCAGACUCUGGAAUCCCAAGGGACUCAGAUCAGCUGUCUUGUUUGUCUGGGGAAACAGAUGUGGGGGUCACUGCCGAAGCCGCAGAAACCUGCCAUACGUUUGAGGAAGGAGAUCAAGGAGAAGGCAGGGGCACAACCUUUGUUCAAAAGAAUGUGUUACUGCAGCCGCUGAAGAAGAGAGAGGCCAAAGGGGCCAUGGUGGGUGAGGUUGGAAAGGAGGCCGUCUUUAUUUCAGGGGAUGAGGAAACAGGAAGCACAGCUCUCUCAACCCAGGGAAACUCCGAUCAGGGCGGAGGAAGGAACUGCCCCUGGGAUUAUCUCCUCAGUUGGGAACCCAGGUUCCAACCUCUUGCCUCCGUCUUUAAUGACAUUGCAAAACUCAAGGAUGAGCACGUAUGUAUGCCUGGCAUUCCAAAAGAGAAAUCCUUGGUUUUCCCACCACCAUUGAUAACAGCGGUCGCCCAGCCAGGGAUUAAAGCAGUUCCCCCAAGAAUGCCCGCCCUGACCCCCAGGCAAGUCCUUCAGAAAUACCCACACUCCCCCACUGGCUACCAUCACAGUUUUCUGCCCGACGCCAUGACUCCCAGUUUUUCUCCAUCUCUUUCCCUGCUGACCACACAGACCUCUGCCAUGACUCCACUGCUGCCAGCUGGAGAAUUAUUAGGAACUCACCUGAGUGGUACAUGCCAUGAACUAAAAGCAGCAGAUGAAGUUCAAAUAUAAGGCAGUUGUGAUGUCAAGUACCAUCUCUGCAGUGGUCAUGAAGGAUUGGACAGCACCUUCCCAAGCAAGGUCCUAGAGGUUGCGUUCAUUUAUCUCCUAGUGAGUGAUAUCACUUAGUCUGGGUUUUUAGGGCCCCCUCAUCGAAGUUUAUCCAGUGUAUUCCAGCCUUAAUGAGAAAUCACCAUGUCUUUUAACCUUUAGGUUUUUCUCUCAGGACUCAAGCUUGUAUAUAUUAAGGAGUGUAUAUUCUGCCAUACCUGGUUUUCUGUAUGGUUAGAUUUCCAAUGGACACGAUGAACUUGACAGGCUGCCAAAAUGUUGAUAUGAAAACAAAUGGAAAUAAAGUAUUCUGCAUUCUGGUCACAUUACUGCUGAGUAUACUGCUAUUCAUAACACAAAUUUGUAAAGACUGAGUAAAGAAUCAGUGUAGGACAGAAAGUCACAGCGAGGAAACUUGGAAGGAUAAACAAGUUGUAAAGUGAAGCAGUUUUCCGCAGAUCUCACAUACUUGGAGGUGAGUCGCUCCACUUUUCCCAUAUGCCGCACUUGUGGAGUUUAGCCAUAAUUUGAAUUUAAUGCAGUGUCUUUUGAAAAUCUAAUGAGAAAUUAAGAAUGAAAUUUGUCCCAACUCUGUGCCAAAUAAGAAAAUUAUUCCUAAUUAAAUGAACCAGAAAGGCCUGUUCUUAAUAGAGGGCUAGUAUUGAUGAAAGCAAUAAGCAUGUGGUUGGCGGCCACUUAAGAUGUUUCCCUGGUCUUCUUUCCAAAUCGAAUGGUUUUUUUUUUUCAAUGCUCUGUCUUGAAACAGGGUACAGGUACAGGCAUUAAACUCUGAAGAGUCGUUUAUAUAUGUAGCUCCAUUUUAUUUUCUUUUAGAUACAUUAACUUUGGGUGAGAAAUAAUUGAUCCACUCCAUGUCAGUUUUAGAAGUUUUUGCAUAGAUUAAAUUAGGUCCUAAACUAAUAAUAAUUUUCAUGGAGUAAUUUAGCAGUAUAUUUUUAAUGAAGAUUUUUUUUAUAUAAAUAUUCCUACUCUAAAAGUUGAGAAUGGAUAUCAGAAGUAUUUCUUCCCUUUGUUCAGACUCAUCUAUGUAGCGUUGCCAUUAGAGGGAGCAGAUUGUCGACGUGGCUAAUAUAAUUCUGUUUGGUACAGCUACUGUUUCACAAAUACAGGAAUGUUGUGUGGUGUCCUAUAUAAGAUGCUGUCUCCUGUCUGGUGACUCUGAGGAUCCAUCAGAGAGUCUCAUCCCUUCCAGGAAAGCAGAGCAUAUCCUGAUGUGGGGGGUCCGGAGGUCAUUCGCAGUAGGCAACGUGGCCAGCCUUUGGAAUAAGAGUUUGAGAUUCUCAUGUCAAGCCUAGCAGACAUCUGAUGGGGUUUUCCUACGAGUUAGUAUGGGAUUCAGCUAUGGAAAUAGCUCCUUUAUAUUUUCUUUCCAUAGGCCUCAUCUGUAAAAUUGUGUGAGAUAGCCAAUGAAUGUCUCUUUACUGAAAAACAUUGUAGGACGCCGUGUAUGAUAACUAGUUUGGUAGAGGCAUAAUUCUAAGACUUCCUAUGCUGGAUUUUAUCAGUUACCUAUUAGAAAUUGUAUGAAGCAUGAAGGUUUUUGGAUAAGCCUGGAAUCCUAGGGAACAUCAUUUAGGCAUGGAACACUUCAAAAGUAAAGGAUGGACGCAUGCCUCUCCUUUACUUCAUGGCAUCCAAGGAAGAAGAUUUCAUGGUUUUCCUAAAAAAAAUUUUUUUAAUUAUUUCAUCAUUCCAUAUCUAUUCUCUGAUCUCCUUCAAAAGAUUCCUUGGCGCCUACAAAGAAACGCUAUACUGAUUUUCUUUUCUCAUCAUACAUGGAAGUUUUGCUUUGCAACAGAAUGAUUUCUAGGAACCAUUUUAGUGUUUUUAAUUAAACAGGCUCUUCAUUUAGUACACUGCAAAAGUUAUCUAUCUAACUCUUCCCCAAGUUGUUUUCCUGUGAUGUUAUUACUCAUUCUGGACACGAUUCUGCAUUUUUUUCUAGACAUUUAAUAGAAACAGAAGACUUGAAGUAUUUAGAGCUAUUCCUUACCACCGUCUGGUGGAUUUUUAAUUGAUGACUUUAUUAAUAUUAUAGCCAAGGCCCCUCUACUGCCAAACGACCAUUACAGGGGGGGUUGAGAGUCAAAAUGUGAACAUGCUCAUGAAGUGUUUGCAAUAAAUCAUAUGUCAGCCCUUUCAACCAGAGUGCCUUUUUCCUAAGUAAACAAUAUAAUUUGUACAGUUUUCCUUCACGUUUAAUAUUAACUUGCCUCAUAUGGUCUGUGUUACUUUGCUGAUCUACACACCGGCUUUCACACUCCAGAGGGGGGCAUAGAACUUGUUAGUGGAAAAUCGCAUUAAGCCCCAAAUUCAUAAGCUAUAAAAUAAAAGACAGUUGUCUCUUGUGGAAUGUUGGCUGCCUGAAAUUUUGGACUUUCUUGUUGGCAGUCUUCAAAAUACUGGUGUAAAUCAGGA